AUGUUCCACAUUGUUAUCAAUGGCUGCAACGAUGUGAGAAUUCAAAGAGUUAGGGUUAGUGCUUCUGAAAAAAAUCCGAAUACCGACGGCAUUCAUGUACAAUUGUCAAGCAAUGUCGCAAUCUUGAACUCCAAGAUCGGAACCGGCGAUGAUUGUGUCUCAAUUGGUGCCGGCACAACAAACUUGUGGAUUGAAAAUGUUGUGUGUGGCCCUGGCCAUGGAAUCACAUUGGAGUUUGGGGUGCAGAAUGUGAGAGUUAAAACCCGUACAUUUAUUGGCACUCAAAAUGGGUUGAGGAUCAAGUCUUGGGGAAGACCUAGCAAUGAUUUUGUUAGGAAUGUGCUUUUCCAGCAUGCUAUCAUGACCAAUGUUCAGAAUCCCAUUAUUAUUGACCAAAACUACUGCCCUGACAGCAAAAAUUGCCCUGGCCAGGCUUUUCUAGUUAAAAUCAGUGAUGUGACAUACCAAGACAUACAUGGAACAUCAGCAACGCAGGUUGCAGUGAAAUCUGAGUGUAGUAAAAAGUUUCCUUGCACUGGGAUCAAAAUGGAGGAUGUGAAGCUCACUUUCAACAAUCAACCAGCUCGUGCAUCUUGCAGCAAUGCUGAUGGAACAACUUCAGGUGUCAUUGAGCCCAGCAAGUUGUCUUUAGUCAAAUAG